AAAACCUCUUAACAAAAUUCACUUUGGCGCUCAUCGUCUCUUAUAUGGCGCAUUUCUCCAUUUCAACUUAAAAAUCCCCCAAAAAUUAGGGCUUCUUCCUCAAAAGCUCUUACAAAUUUCCCCAAUUUUCUCUCUCCUAGGGUUUCAGAUCCCACUUCCCAAUGGCGGUUAAUCUUACCGAAGGCGCAAUCGAAGCGAUGUGUAAUGGCGACACUGAAAUUAAACCCCUGCUACAAGUCGCCGAUAUUCGUCUCGUAAAUACUCAAAACCAGAACAGUGCUACAGAGCGGUACCGGCUUUUGUUGUCCGAUGGUGUGCAUUUGCAGCAAGGGAUGCUCGCUACGCAGCGGAAUGAACUCGUUAAAACUGGGGCGUUGCAGAAGGGUUCGGUUAUUCGGCUUAUGCAAGCCGUUUGUAAUGUCAUUCAGAAUCGGACAAUUAUAAUUAUCAUUGAGCUUGAAGUGAUACAAGUAGUGUGCCCGGCAAUUGGAGAACCAACUCAUUAUGUGAGUGGUGGUGCUAGACCCACUGCACAAGUGCCCUCUCCUGUGGGUGGUCAAACUGGGAUGAUUCCCGGGAAUGUUCAGCAUUCAAAUCUUCAUCCAUCAGUCAAUAGCUCCACUGCUAGACCUAAUGGAGCAGGGGAUGGUGUUGUACAGCAGCCGAAGCUGGAACCACGGACAGCUCAAAUGCAGUCUUAUGGCGGCCCUGUUAGCAGUUCUUAUUCUACAAAUAAUGGAUCUUCUUUGAACCCUAAACCAGUAUUUGCUGCUGGAAAUUCUACAAACACUGCCAUUUCUGGUACAUAUGGAGCCAAAACAGAGUUCUCACGUGCUCCUCCAAAUGCUGCUUAUGCACGCAAUCAGCAACCUGCCUUUCAGCAGCAGCAGCAGCAGGCCUCUUCAGUGUACAUGAAUAGGGGUCCUGUUACAAGGAAUGAGGUGAUCCCUAGAGUGGUUCCAAUUGCUGCCUUAAAUCCCUACCAAGGUCGAUGGACAAUCAAGGCAAGAGUAACAUCAAAGGGUGAACUUCGGCACUAUAACAAUACGCGUGGAGAUGGGAAAGUAUUUUCCUUUGAUCUUUUAGAUUCUGAAGGUGGAGAAAUUCGGGUUACUUGCUUUAAUAAUGUGGUUGAUCAGUUCCAUAACCUAAUUGAGGAAGGCAAAGUAUACUUGAUAUCAAAAGGGACGUUGAAACCUGCUCAGAAGAAUUUCAAUCAUCUUAAAAAUGAUUAUGAGAUCUCUUUAGACAUCACAUCUCAAGUUCAACUUUGUGUUGAAGAUGACAAUAAAAUUCCUAGGCAGCAGUUCCAUUUCCGGCCCAUCAGUGACAUCGAGGGAAUAGAGAGCAAUGGUAUUGUUGACUUGAUCGGUGUUGUUUCUUCAAUCAGUCCAUCAUCCUCAAUAAUGAGGAAGAAUGGAACUGAAACUCUGAAAAGGAGUCUUCAAUUGAAGGAUAUGUCUGGAAAAAGUGUUGAAUUGACCUUGUGGGGUAAUUUUGUUAAUGCAGAAGGUCAGACCUUGCAAAAUAUGUGUGAUUCCGGAAAUAACCCUGUUGUAGCUGUCAAAACAGCUAGAGUAUCCGAGUUCAAUGGGAAGUGUGUUGGAACUCUUUCCUCUAGUCAGUUUUUUAUAGAACCAGAUUUCCCAGAGGCUCAGAAACUGAGGGAAUGGUUUGAUAGGGAAGGAAGGAACACGCCUUCUAUUUCCAUUUCAAGAGUGACUGCAAGUUUGGGUAAGACGGAUGCACGCAAAACUUUGUCACAAAUUAAGGAUGAGAAGUUGGGGACCUCCGAAAAACCUGAUUGGAUUACAGUCCACGGUACCGUAUCAUUUGUUAAAACAGACAAUUUCUGCUAUACAGCAUGUCCGAUCCUGAUUGGGGAACGUCAAUGUAGCAAAAAGGUAACAAAUAACGGAGAUGGGAAAUGGCGGUGUGAUAGAUGUGAUCAAUCUGUUGAUGAAUGUGAGUAUAGGUAUGUUCUCCAGCUUCAAAUACAGGAUCAUACUAGCCUAACUUGGGCAACAGCAUUUCAGGAAAUUGGUGAAGAGAUUAUGGGAAUCUCUGCUAAAAACUUGUACUAUUUGAAAAACGAGGAACAAGAUGAUGAUAAGUUUACAGAAAUUACCCGCGCAGCUGUUUUCAAUAAAUACAUAUUUAAGUUGAAAGUAAAGGAGGAGACUUUCAGUGACGAGCAACGAGUUAAGUCAACUGUGGUGAAGGCAGAACGGGUUGACUUUGCUGCUGAAUGCAGGUAUCUUUUGGGAUUAAUGGAGAAAAUCAAAUUAGGUGAUGCUGCUGUCAAAUCUGAGAAUGUCACUACUAAUACUGUUUCUGGUGUGAGUUAUACUAACAACAACAUAAGCCAAUCAGGAAACCAGUAUAGUGGUGGUGGCGGCUAUGGUGGUGGUGGUGGUGGUGGCUAUGGUGGUGGUGUUACUGCUUCUGGAACACUUAUGACCUGUAGUAGUUGUGGUGGUGUUGGUCAUAAUGCAGGAAAUUGUCCUAGUAUUAUUAACAGUCAAGGAAACUUUGGAAAUAAUCAAACAGUAAAUGCUGGUAACACUAAUUCUGGACAGGUACAGUGUUACAAAUGCCAAAAGUUAGGGCAUUUUGCAAGGGAUUGUCCUGGAUUAAGUGCUGUUCCUCCAGCUUAUGGUAGUAGUAAUUUAGGUCCUGGUAGAUUUGGUGGCGGUCAAAGACAACACGUUGGAGGUUUCUAAAUUUUAAGGAAUUGGAAGAAGUUUGUACAUAAGUUUGGCGCCGGAUUUUGUGAUCUUAAUAAACCCGACACUUUGCCAUCCGCGCUUAAGGAGAUUAUCGGCACCAUGCACUGGUGUUUGCUAUGGCGUGGACGUGUGUUGUCAAUGUUCUACCCUUUUGUAGCAUAAGUAAGAGGGUUUUUUUUUUCUUUCAUUAAUUAGUUUGGCUUGAUUUAUCAAUGGAUUUUAGUUUAUGUAAGUUAGUAGUUUCUACUUUUUCUGUGUACUAUGUAUGUAACUUUCCCUUGUUAGAUUUGGUCGUUUAUACUUUAUAUAUUAGGGAAAUUUUCAUUGGUGCACUUUUCA